AUGAAGCUUGCUGCUUUGGUCUGGCUCCUGAUGUCCCCCCGUGCUCAUCGCUGCGCGGCGCGUGAAAUCCGUUUUCACGCGUCCUUUGUGUUCCUGAUCUGUUCUUUUUUCUCUAUCUCCGACGGCCAACCUGCCAAUCCGAAUGAUACGUCACCGGCGGCAGUGAUCUCCCCCUCAACGGCUUCUCCUACUCCCCGUCUACCACCGUGCCCUAUUUACCGUGCUUUCCUGUGCUACUCGAUGGAUGCACUGGGCGAGCCUUAUCCGGAAUGGCUUCAACAGAGCGACACGCCGCGGGUAUGCCAGAAUCGUAGCAGCAAUCUGCAGCUAAAACCGAACACCACUUUGGCUACCCCGGUAUCCGACGAGGGCUGGCAACUUUGGCAAACUAUCGCUUCCGUCACACCCCUACUCGUGGUUGUCGUUGUAUCGCUAGCCGCUGUUUGCUUCUGUGCACGCCGUCGCACCCCCAAACAACGUGAAGUUACGGCUGUUACGGCUGCCAAGCAGCGCCUCAUCCCCCAUGACACGGCUUCAUCGCUGCCAGAGACCUAUGCACCAGAGUAUAUCGCGCUCCACAUCCAAGACAUGGCCGGAAAUUGGGGCGAUGAUCUUGGAAAAAAGUUGACCGGGGAGCCAAAACAAAUUCCGGACGAGACGCCGAAGCAUUUCCGUUUACCUAAGACUGGCCACACGGCUUUGCAGGCCGAGGUGAAAUAUUUGGCUGACGGCCAGAAGCCCGACGAAGAAGUCAAGUGCAAAAAGGUGGCGCAAUUCGACGCCGCUGAGCUGGCGGCCCUUUUUACGCGUGCGACGGAGGUUGUUAGCGAGCAACGAGGGGCCGUCCACCUGACCGGCCCGGUCUGGAUCGUUGGCGAUUUGAAGGGGGAUCUCAUCUCCGUUUGGCGUAUCGUCAAGGCCUACUCAACGAUGGCCGACGCGGGCACAAAG